AUGGAGGCUCGUAAACAGGAUCAACGACCCGUACCAAAAACAUACUACUAUCUCGACUACAAAGAAUUUGUGGAUGUGGUCAAGUGGAAGAUGUACAAGAUGCAAACGAACGUUCGUGACAAUCUGCGAACGGAAUCAGAAAACAAGGGUUACAUUUGCUCAAACUGUCAACGCCAAUAUUUGCCUUUAGAGGCCGUACCACUGAUGGACCCAACGGACGGACUUUUCCAUUGCGACGCCUGCAGCGAAGUUUUAGUCGAGAACGAUAAUGCUGAAAGCGUACAAGGAAGCCAGCAGGAACUGACACGGUUACGAGAACAGUCUCAACCUAUCAUUUCUCUAUUGAAACAGACCGAUACAUUAACAAUUCCAACAAACUAUAUAUUCAAACCAAUUGGUGUUGCAGCACGUGGCAAUGGUGCAUCACGAGAGGAACACGAGCUUGCUAUUGCGCAAGAUACAGGUGCUGGACAAGGUGAAAUCAUUGUCGAUCUGCAAAUGGAUAACGAAGCAGCACGACGGGCAAAACUGGAAGAGGCGGAAGAAAAGCGUCAACAAAACAUGCUUCCUGUAUGGCAUCAACGAAGUACUGUUUCCGAUUCGUUGGCCGGCACUGGCGAUCGUCCACAGGAUAAAGAAAAGAAGGAAGAGGAAGAGACAUUUGAUGAGGUUGCUACAGAAGAGUUUGAUGCCGAUAGACAUGAUUAUUAUGCAAAGUACUACGAAUCUUUGAGUGCAGCUGCACCAGCAGGCGAUGCAAAUGCCUUGGAUGUAGAUGAAGAUGAAGAAGAGUUCGAAACAGUUACCAAUGGUAAUGAUUACUAUAGCCCUGAUACCAACGGUGCUGGACAAAGAGCACCAAGCGAGGACGAGGGAUUGGAAGAGUUUGGAGAGGAUGAAGAUAUUCCUUUGGUAUCAGUUAAUGGUCGGAUGGUGCCUCUGAAUGAAGUGAUGGAAGAAGACCAACGAAAUAUGACUACAGAAGAAUACAAGGCAUACUAUGAAGCAUGGCAAAAUUGGCAGGCUAGCUAG